AUGAUUCUCGCCCCUCGACCCGGCCGUUCUAUCAUAGACGGUAUUCCUAACAGGGAUGACCGGUGGAGGGAGAAGUUUUUCGUUUUCAAGAUUAACCCGGCGUCGGUCGGCGACUUCGAUUUCGGAAGGAUCCCUAGGGAGUGGUCCGACGAGAUUGAGCCCUUUGGUCCUGCACCUAUGUCUCCCGAGCUUCGUGGAUUAAUCGCCACUCUGCAGCGAGGUAGUCCUCGAUGGCUCGCUUUUACUGUGGAUCGAAUUCGAACUGCUUACGCUCUUCCACCAGGUGAAAACCGUGUAAUCCCUAUUGGUCUGGCGGCUCCUGUUCGACCGGGGAAGGGUCGUUGUAACAAAAGGGCGAGGGAGAAGGAGGCGUUACAUGAUCGUCCUGGCGAGUCCUCUGAAGUCGGGUCGUUUGAACGAGCUCAGAAAUCUCGGCGCGGACCGACUCUUUUAUCGAGAUUGCAGGCUCAGUCUUCUGGUCUUAUGGCUAGGCCGGUGUCGAUCGCAUCCACUGUGGGUGGGACCCGAAGGGCGCCGAACACUUCAGCCGGUUCUGUCGGUGAUGGAGCUCUUGAUGACGACGUCGAUUCAUCGACUCAACGACAUCGACUCACCGACAUCGACGUUGACCUGAGCGCUCAUCUUCCGGACGUGCAUGAGACCUCUUCGUGGAGAUUUUCGUACGAUAACGAGGUACCGAUCCUCGAGAAUCCCGAGCGUCUCGCUUUGAUCUGGCGUAAGCUCAGAGAGAAGGGAUGUGAGCUUCCUUCUUUGGGGGACAUGCGAGAACGUGAUGCUUAUGUUCGGAUGGCGGUCGCGAACGCUAAGGCUAUGGAGGCGAGCAAUGAAUAUGCCGCUUUGAUGGAGAGGCGGUUGGCUGAUUUUCUGAGCAAAGAGGAGGUUGGCAGUCAUCUUCUCAUGAUUCAGCAAUUUCGAGGUGAGUUGGAGGCCGUUCGAGUGACGGAGCAGCAGCGUGAAGUCGAGAUUGAGGGAUUGCAGAGGAAGUUAGCUGCUGCUGAGACGGAGAAGAUCGCUGUUCAGAAGGACCUCGACUCAAUGAAAGAGAAGCAUAGGCGGGAGAUCGAAGGUCGUGACGCGGCAGCUCGCAAGGAGCGCAAUCUUGCUCGUCGUUCUCUUACUCAAGAAUAUGACGCGGUUCUGGCCGUGGUGAACGAUAAGCUUUGGAAAAAAAAGAAGGAGACGGCUGCGGAGAUUCGUUUGCAGGAGGUGCAAGCUCGUAUUGAGGCUUUGACCGUGUACAGCGAAGGUGGUUUCGAGCUUGAAGAGGAGUUGGAGCGUCUUAGAGACCAGGAGAUCUCACUCGAUGUGGAUUAUGGUCUUGCUUCGGUGUCGGAUCUUUCCCUUAGUCGCCUCGAACUUACUGAGGUUUCUGGUGAUUCGGUCGAUCAAGAUUGA